UCCGUGGAGCCUCUCAGCUGUUUGUAGAUUAUCUCCGUUUUUCUCAUCUGGUUGAAUUUCCUCUGAGAUGGAAGUGAGAUGUCGUCCAGCGGUGAUGUGUUGUGUUUUUGCCAUCCUGUGCUCCGUGGUUCCCCGGUCGCUGGAGUCCUCUUACAGGGACCGGCAGUACCUGAACGAGUGGGCGGUGGAGAUCCCGGGCGGACUGGCCGCCGCAGAGGCGAUCGCCAAAGAGCUGGACUACCAGCUGGUCCGACAGAUUGGGGCCCUGGAAGACCAUUUCUUGUUCAAACACCGCAAUCACCCUAGCAGAAUGAAGCGGAGCGCGGACCACAUCACCAGGCGGCUGUCUGAGGACGAUCGGGUGUUGUGGGCAGAGCAGCAGUACGAGAAACGCCGCAACAAGCGGGCGUCCCUCAGGGAGUGCAGGGACUGUCCAGUGGAUAAGCUGUUUGAUGACCCCAUGUGGAACCAGCAGUGGUACCUGCAAGACACGCGGACGUCUUCCUCGCUGCCGAAGCUGGACCUGCAUGUGAUCCCCGUGUGGCAGAAAGGCAUCACGGGAAAAGGAGUGGUCAUCACCGUGCUGGAUGACGGGCUGGAGUGGAACCACACAGACAUCUACUCCAACUACGACGCAGCAGCCAGCUACGACUUCAACGACAACGACCCGGACCCCUUCCCCAGAUACGACUCCACCAAUGAAAACAAGCACGGGACCAGGUGUGCUGGGGAGAUCGCUAUGCAGGCAGACAACAACAAAUGUGGUGUUGGAGUGGCGUACAACUCCAAGGUUGGAGGGAUUCGUAUGCUGGAUGGGAUUGUGACCGACGCCAUCGAGGCCAGCUCAAUCGGGUUCAAUCCGAACCAUGUGGACAUCUACAGCGCCAGCUGGGGCCCCAACGACGAUGGCAAGACGGUGGAGGGCCCUGGCCGCCUGGCUCAGAAAGCAUUUGAAUUCGGCAUCCAGAAGGGCCGUGGUGGGAAAGGCUCGAUCUUUGUUUGGGCAUCAGGUAACGGUGGCCGCCAGGGCGAUAACUGUGACUGUGACGGUUACACAGACAGCAUCUACACUAUCUCAAUCAGCAGUGCCUCCCAGCAGGGCCUGUCCCCGUGGUACGCUGAGAAGUGCUCCUCCACUCUGGCUACAGCAUACAGCAGUGGAGACUACACCGACCAGAGGAUUACUAGUGCUGAUCUGCACAACGAGUGCACUCAGACUCACACUGGAACAUCGGCCUCUGCCCCCCUGGCUGCUGGAAUAUUCGCCCUGGCACUCGAACAGAAUCCGGAUCUCACCUGGAGAGACCUGCAGCACAUUGUGGUCUGGACCUCAGAGUUCGAUCCUUUGGCCAAUAACCCGGGCUGGAAGAGGAACGGAGCGGGGCUGAUGGUCAACAGCCGCUUCGGCUUUGGCCUCCUCAACGCUAAAGCCCUGGUGGACCUCGCUGACCCGGCCACCUGGAAGCAUGUGCCUGAAAAGAAGCAAUGCAUCGUCAGGGAUGAUUCUUUCCAGCCCAGGGAGCUGAAAGCAGCAGGGGAGAUCACCAUAGAGAUUCCAACCAAAGCCUGUGCAGGGCAGGACAACGCAGUCCGCUCACUGGAGCAUGUUCAGGUGGAGGCCAGCAUCGAAUACACCAGGAGAGGGGACCUGCACAUAACACUCACCUCCCCCGCCGGUACCAGCACAGUGCUGCUGGCUGAGCGAGAGAGAGACACGUCCUCUAAUGGCUUCAGAAACUGGGACUUCAUGUCUGUCCAUACAUGGGGAGAAGAUCCUGCUGGUACAUGGACCUUAAAGAUCACAGAUACAUCGGGCCGUAUGGAGAACGAAGGUCGGAUUUUGAGCUGGAAGCUGAUUCUUCAUGGAACGUCAGAGAAACCAGAGCACAUGAAGAAACCCAGGGUGUACAUUCCCUACAACGCUGUGCAGAAUGACCGCCGGGGUGUGGAGCAUAUGGAUGACAUGAUGGAGGAGCCCACACAGGCCAUUCCACCUCCAAAGACUGAGACUGCUCCAGCCUCCAUUCCUUCCAACCCAGAGAAGGAGCCCAAAAAGCCCUCAAAUCCACCCUACUCCCCCUCCCUGGCCCUGCUGCGUCUGCUUCAGACGGCCUUCAACAGGCAGACCCCUGUCUUGCAGCAGCCACAGUCCAUAGCCAGGGCCUCCUCCGCCUGGAGGAAGCACCAGUCAAGCCAGAGCUUCCCUCCCCCUGCAACAAGACUCCCACCUAAGACGCUGUACCAGGCUCUGGACAUGAUCAACAAGUACCGGGGCCCCGAGAACAGUGUCUACAGUGACUACACUGAUGGCUUCUACAGCACCAAGCCAUACAGGCACCGAGAUGACCGACUGCUGCAGGCCCUCUUUGAGAUGAUAGAUGAUGAAAGCAAGUGAAGGCCUGGAGGAGAGGAGAGGAGAGGAGAGGAGAGGAGAGGAGAGGAGAGGAGAGGAGAGGAGACAGAAGGGAAGAUGAGAAUAAAUUAGAGUAGAGAGGAAGAAAGAUAUAAGAUGAAGGGGAAGCAUGGCUGUGUGUUGGUUGGGGAGCAGAGGAACAAGGUGUAGAGAAGAGACAAAGCAGAGGGAUGGAUCGGGCAUUAGGAGGAGUGGAGGAGAGGAAGUGUAGAACUAAUACAGAAAAGAAAACUCUUCCACUCUGUUUUAACCCCCCCCCAAAAAAAUGCUGCAAAUCUGAUUUCCUUACCUCCAUUUGCCAAUCACUGUUCAUUAAUUAUUUCCUCCAUUCAGUCAUGUAAAAUUUUCAGUCCACACGGGAUUCGAAACAUGGAUUUUUUUCGAGCCUCUCUGUUACAAACUGUAUCUCCAUGUCGUGAAAGCGUUUAAAUCAUAAGAAAGGAGGGGAAGGCCUUGUCUCUCUUCUCUUCACUGCCUGCUCAAGCAUGCCACCUUUAGAAUAUAAGUUUUGUAUUAGUAUCUAUAUAUGAUAUAAAGACUAUGAUUGUAAUAUGGUUUUAAAAACACUUGACAGCUAAAAACCUUCAAAAACCCUGUUUCUAUUUGUAUUUUUCAUAAUGCCCUACAUAUUUUUUUCCAAUAUGUUUCACUAUUAAGGGACACAACCUCACUCUAUUCACUUCAGAGUACAAAUUGAUCCUUAAAAAUGUGACAUAAGGUCAUUAAAUUAGAGUCAGCAUAAAUUCCAAAUGAAAAAAAAAAGGAAAUUGACCAGCAAUUUAAAAUGUUUGAACUUUGUUGACAAAGAUUUAUUCUCAGGGUGUCGAUGAAGCUCAAAGGAGGAACAGAAUCAUAUUCUGGACUCUUCUAAGUAUUAAGAGAAAUGUAUAAUAUGUGAAAGAUUAUAUACUAUAAAAGUAUGCAGAUGAGACAAUACAGUUGUACCAAUACACUAUUAAAAAAGAGACAACAUAAUAAUGAAUGACAGAUGGAGCACUGGGGAGUAGCAACGCAUUCAAAGUAAAAAAAAAAAAUCUUCUUGUGCAAUUUGUUUAAUUUUGUAUAAGUACAAUGCUGCAUUAAAUGAAAUAUUUUUCUAAGGAUCCUCAUAGUUUAUGGAAAUAAUAUAUACAGUAUCAAACCCUUGAACAGUUUAUUUUUUUGUGGCGUACUUCACUCAAUAACUGCAAAGUCAGUGUAGUCAUCAUAACUACAAAUGAACACUGCCAAAAUCUUUGCUGUCAAAAAGCUUCUGUGUAUUUUAGCGAAUGUGCAAAUGGCUAACAUGUUGUUUGUUCAUCACCUGCAAUAUGUCAACGACAAACAGUUCCUUGAAUCCUGGACAGAUUAUUGCAUUGAUAUUACUUCUCUGGUAUUAUUUAUUUGGUAUUAAUGGACCUAUCACACUUCAGAAGCUGACCAGAAACUCUGUAGAAUAGGGGCUCUGCAGCGCAAAAUUCAUGCACAUUCAUCUUGAACGCCUUAAUAUAUGCUGUAAUAAAUGUGCAUACUCAUCUCCACUUGGUGUAGCUCAAUUUAUAGACGCUAGUAUAAGUGUUUAUGACAUAAAUAGUUAUGAAUCCUGUAUGCAGAGUCUCUAUCCUCCAGCUUGGAACUGCCUGCCCCGCUUCUCUGCCAACAAGGUGACAGGAGAAAGAAGAUGUUUGGGACAACGCUUCACGUGCACCCUGUAAUUUAACCAUUCUUUAGUGUAGCCCGUGCUGUUUUCUUCAUGUUUUUCUUUGUGACUGAUGCUUCAGUCCAACGUUGUUUACACAAACCAAUAUUAUGUUGCAAUUUCUGUAUGGAUGUACAAAAAAAAUAAUGAUAUU